UCCCGCCAUUUCUGUCAAGUCUCAUCCGUUUUACUCUCUCCGCGCCAAUGACGAGCCCAAGUCCAUGGCACGGCGGUGAGCGGCGGAAUUCCACCUCCAGCGGUGAGCGGCGGAAUUCUAGCUCAGUCAGUGAACGGCGGAACUCUAGCUCCCGAGGUAGUCGAACACCGGUUUACUUUCCCUACUCACCUAGUCCUGAUGUGUCCACCGGUAUGGAAUCCCGCUCCCGACAUAAUCCUGUGAAAGCCGCUGCUCGGUCUUUCGCUGGAGCUUUCACUUCUUGCUUUACACCGCCGGAGAAGGAAACUCCGCGGAGUUUGGGUUUUGGUAGUGAAUUGCGUAAUUCUUCAGAUGCUUCCAGUCAUAAUGGGAAAAGAAAUCAAGGAUCUAGGCGAGAACCCCGCUCCAGUUCAAAUCUAGCCCAUGAUAGAGAGCCUGGAUCUUUAAGGAUCAACAUAGAAGAAAUCCGCAAGGCCACGAAGAACUUCUCCGCAUCUUCAAAAAUUGGUCAAGGGGGUUUCGGGGCUGUCUACAAGGGGAAACUUGAUGGAGUUCUUGUGGCAAUUAAACGUGCCAAGAAGAGUGUAUAUGAUAAUAACUUGGGCCUGGAGUUUAAAAGCGAGAUCCAAACACUUGCACAAGUAGAACAUUUAAAUCUGGUCAAGUUCUAUGGAUAUCUUGAACAUCAAGACGAAAGAAUCGUCAUUGUCGAGUAUGUGCCGAAUGGGACUCUCAGAGAGCACUUAGAGUGCAUCCAUGGCACUGUUCUUGACCUUGCUACAAGGCUCGCCAUUGCAACUGAUGUGGCUCAUGCAAUAACAUAUCUUCAUAUGUAUACAGACCGUCCCAUCAUUCACAGAGACAUAAAGUCUUCUAACAUUCUAUUGACCGAGAAUUAUAGAGCCAAGGUUGCGGACUUUGGCUUUGCAAGACUUGCAGCUGAUGGUGAUGCGACCCAUGUAUCCACUCAAGUCAAAGGAACUGCAGGGUACUUGGACCCAGAAUAUCUCAAAACUUACCAACUAACCGAAAAAAGUGAUAUCUAUUCAUUUGGUGUUUUGUUGGUUGAAUUAGUCACAGGCAGGCGCCCUAUAGAACCCAAGCGAGAACUUGAGCAGCGGAUCACUCCAAAAUGGGCCAUGAAGAAAUUUUCUGAAGGAGAGGCUAGUGCAAUCUUGGACCCAAAUCUAGAGCAAACAGAAGCAAAUCAUUUAGCAGUGGAAAAGAUUCUGGAGUUGGCCUUACAAUGCUUGGCGCCUCGGAGGCAUAGUCGACCUAGCAUGAGAAGGUGCGCCGAGAUACUUUGGAGAAUACGCAAGGACCACAGAGAUCUCUCAGCUCCUGAUUUCCGUUCAUUCUCUACAAAUUCACAAAGGAGUGCCUCGGUAAGAGAAAAAUGAAACUGAAAUCAAGUAGAAAUUGUAGAUAAGCUUUGAGCUGAAAAAAGACCUUGAAUUCUUGGUACAUAAUCAUGAAUAUGAAGAACAAAGCCCUCUUACAAUCAUCAUUCAAGGAAGCAAGGAGAUUCCCAAAACGUAUGUUUCUCUUCCCAAGUUCAUUUGGUGAGAUUAUAUUUGUUUGUCUUGUGUAUUAGCUGCAUUGUCUAGCUUGAUUUCGGCUACUAAUUCUUUCUUUUGCUUGUAAAUUUAUGUAUUUAGUUGUCUUAAGGAUUAUUGAUUGGCUGCUGUUCUGACUUUGCUCAUCUUUUGUGACUGAAUAAGAUAAAUUGAAUAGGGAAUGUAGAAACUUCUGGGCAAUCUCUUGUUCAGUUUCUUCGACUUUAUGUGAAAUAGAAAAGGUGAGAGCAAGUUGGAAUUCUUAUUUAUUAUUA